CUGUUACUGUCAGUGUCACGUACCGAUCAGCUGUUUUUGUUUUCGGCGUAUUUAUUUUUCAUUUUAGAAAAAUAAAAGCUCGUCCUAAGAGCAGACAUUUUAAAUUUAAACGAGUCUUUAGUUGACACUCUUCAGCUAUGAAAAUGCUUGCAAACGCACUGCGACAAGUUAACUUGGGAAAAAUAAGUAGGACUCCACUUUUGAGUGGUGUCCGCUGCAAGAAUGCAUACCAGGGUGAGGGCAAGACCACGGUGCGCGUCAUCAACCAGGAGACGGAGCUCGGGCUCAUGAUCGACACCUACGCCACCUAUGGCUUCAGAUUAAAUAAUGGCGUUACUGUGCUGGGACCCAUGGCUAUAUUUCCAAGGACGGUGUUCUCGUGGCAGGUGGACAAGGCGACAGACAUCACCCCAGAGUCACUACGGUUUUUCAAGAUCCUCGAGCCCAAGAUUGACUUGCUGAUCCUGGGCCUAGAGACAAACGACCGCACAGUGAUCUCCUCCGUGUUCAAGAGCGGGCGCGCGGCCGGGCUCAACAUCGAGAUCCUGCCGAUCGAGCACGCCGCUAGCACCUUCAACUUCCUCAACGCUGAGGGCAGGUCGGUGGCGGGCGCCAUGCUGCCGCCGCUCACGCUGCACAUGUCGGACGACGACAUGCUGCGCGCCAGCAUGCACUACAACAACCUCUACGACAAGGACCUCAAGUAGUCGAGACCAUAGGGAAAAUAAACUACGAUAAUGGAGACUAUAUAUAUAUUCCAUUCCACGGGGAAAGACAUCUGACAGAACCCGUAUUACAUUCGAAUAAGGGUAGUUUUGGUUUGCAUCAGAUGUCUUUCCCCGUGGAAUGGGAUAUAGUUUAUAAUGUAACGACACGAGAAAGACUUUGAGAUAGUUUCCUCACAAAGUGGCGCCUCUAGCGGAGACUAUCGUGAAACUUUUAACUACUUUAACAUUUUAGUCAAAAGUUUCAUGAUAGUCUCCGCCAGAGGUGAAACUUUGUAUGGGAGGAUGCUAAAACUUUCAUUCUCGUAGUCAAUAAAUGUCACAACACGCACCUGGCAUACAUGAUCGGUCAAAACAAAACACAAGUGACAUAAAGUUUGCACUAGAGGUUUUAAAUUCAAAUUCCUAUAUGUAUGGAGAUACUAGCCGAUGAAGUGGAUGCACUUGUAGGAAUUUCUGUAUAAAGAAUACUGAAUGAUGCGUCCGUUGCGUACAAUCCGAUAGAUGAACGCUUACCUUUUUAUUAUAAUACUUGAAGGAGUUUGUAAAUAAGAAUAUAGAGCUAAGUUAUUUUAUUGUCUGUUUGUUAACUAAUUAGGUAUUUAGUAUAGGUUAUUAUAAAUUUAGAGAUUAAAAGAGUUGAGAAUAAAAAAACUAUGUUUUAUCUUUUAAAAAUUCUUAUUUAUUAUUGUUGACUAGAUAACUAAUACAAAUUAGAUGCCUCAUUCUUAUAGUUAGUCUUAAUUUACGAGAAGUCAAUAAAAGUUAACCAAAGAUUAACAUAAUUCAUGCUAAUAAAGUAUAUACUCGCUUUCUUGCAAACAGCUACAUAAUGAUUAAGUAUUUAAUGGAUGGUUAACUUUCAAUAAAUCAAUCAUAAAGUGUGCCUAUCCGUGAUACAAUUAGAUUUUUACACAGAAAUCUUAAUAUAAUAAGAAACUGAUGAUAAUAAUAGCACUUAAAAUCUAAACUUGGUAUUUCUAAUACUGUACGAAAUCAA